GCUGCCAGAUUUCUGUACCAAGCGCGACGACCAACAGUAGUGGUGCCCGAUCCCGUCUAGCGUGACGUCAAGCGUAGAAUCAUCUUCCGCGUGCCAGCUUUACAGUGAACAAAAUGAACCAGCUCGUCUAUGUGCUCGUGCUUGCAGUGAUUGCAUCCGUAACGGCAGACAAGGAUGCCACCGUACUCAGGCAGGACUCGGAAGUUAACCCGGACGGCACUUAUCAGUACGCGUACGAAACGUCGAACGGAAUUGUGGCCGAAGAGCAGGGCACACUGAAGAAUCUCGGCGAAGAACAAGCUCAGGUUUCCCAAGGACAGUACUCGUACACCGAUCCAGAAGGCAACCGUAUCUCCCUGCAGUACAUCGCGGACGAGAAUGGAUUCCAGCCGCAGGGUGAUCAUCUGCCAACGCCACCACCGAUCCCGGAGGCCAUCGAGCGUGCCCUGCGACUGUUGGCUAACCUGAGCCGGAACAAGCGUGGUUCUGUGUAGCUCUAGCUGUAACAAUCACACACACACACACACUGCGAGCCGUAAAUAGUGAAUUAGGUUAGUGAUACAGGUCCCGGGCACUUGGCAGCAACUAGUCAUGUUUCUGAAGCGUAAAGUGACAAGGAAAUAAAAACAAAAAGCACCGCCACCAUAAUGAUGUGCGCGAGCACAAAUAUUCGUACAAGGAAA